ACCGGGAGCGCGUAAGUGACGCAGCGUUCCCGGAAGCUGCCCGGAGCCGAGGGAAGAGCGGCUGAGGAGACAGCAGGGGAGGCAGGUGGGCUCUCGCCGCGGCUCUUGGUGGCUCGGCGGAGCCCUCCAACUCCAUCCCUCUCUAUUUCCAUCCCUUCCCGUCCCAUUCUAUUCCGCUGCCUGCUGGGGGCCAUGUCGCUCUUCCAGUCCGCCCUGGACUUCCUGGCGGGCCCCGGCUCCCUGGGAGCCGCCAGCCGCGACCAGAACGAUUUCGUGGGGCAGACGGUGGAGAUGGGCGACAUGAAGCUGCGCAUCAAGCGGGUCAUCGCCGAGGGGGGUUUUGCUUUUGUCUAUGAAGCUCAAGAUCUUGGAAGUGGCAAAGAUUAUGCUUUGAAGCGAUUGUUGUCUAAUGAAGAGGAAAAGAACAAAGCCAUCAUCCAGGAAGUUUGUUUUAUGAAAAAACUUUCAGGUCAUCCCAACAUUGUCCAGUUUUGCUCUGCAGCAUCUAUAGGAAAAGAAGAAUCAGACACGGGGCAGGGAGAGUUUCUUCUGCUUACAGAGCUGUGUAAAGGACAGCUGGUGGAAUUCUUAAAGAAAGUAGAAUCCAAAGGACCUAUCUCUUGUGACACAGUUUUGAAGAUCUUUUAUCAGACCUGCAGAGCAGUGCAGCAUAUGCAUAAGCAGAAGCCCCCUAUUAUUCAUAGAGACUUAAAGGUGGAAAACUUGCUUAUCAGUAAUCAGGGAACAAUUAAACUUUGUGACUUCGGUAGUGCUACAACUAUAGCUUACUAUCCUGACUACAACUGGUCUGCCCAGAAGAGAGCACUGGUUGAAGAAGAGAUCACAAGGAAUACAACACCAAUGUACAGGACACCCGAAAUGAUAGACUUGUAUUCAAAUUUUCCAAUUGGUGAAAAGCAGGAUAUUUGGGCUCUGGGCUGUAUCCUGUACUUGCUGUGCUUUAGGCAGCACCCAUUUGAAGAUGGAGCUAAGCUUCGCAUAGUCAAUGGGAAGUACAUCAUCCCACAAAAUGACACCCGCUAUUCUGUGUUUCAUGAUCUCAUUCGCUCCACUUUGAAAGUGAACCCAGACGAGAGGUUGUCAAUCACUGAAGUUGUAAAUCAACUGCAGGAGAUUGCAGCAGCUAGGAAUGUCAAUCCUAAAUCCCCCAUCACUGAGCUCCUGGAACAAAAUGGGGGCUAUGGAAACAAUGCUCAGCCUCGGACAUCCAUGACCUCUGUUUCACAGAGCUCCAAGCCUGCAGGGCAGCUCAACAAUUUGUACAAUGCAGGCCUGACCGUUGCGGAAUGUGACCAGACUUAUGGAGGGUUCUUUGAUAUUCUGAGGGGUGGAACAGAGCGAUUUUUCACUAAUAUUAAGGAUACAUCUUCUAAAGUUAUCCAGUCUGUGGCCAAUUAUGCAAAAGGAGACUUGGAUAUAUCCUACAUCACUUCCAGAAUUGCUGUGAUGUCCUUUCCAGCUGAAGGUGUAGAAUCUGCCAUCAAAAAUAACAUAGAAGAUGUGCGGUUGUGCCUGGACUCUAAACAUCCUGGCCAUUAUGCUGUGUACAAUCUCUCUCCAAGAACAUACAGGCCUUCAAGAUUCCAUAACAGGGUUUCUGAGUGUGGCUGGCCAGCAAGACGAGCACCAAAUCUUCAGAAUCUCUAUAGCAUAUGCAAGAACAUGCAUUUGUGGCUAAAACAAGACCAGAAAAAUGUUUGCAUUGUGCAUUGCCUUGAUGGAAGAGCUGCAUCUGCUGUUGUAGUUUGUUCCUUUCUGUGUUUUUGUCGUCUCUUCACUACUGCUGAAGCUGCUGUUUACAUGUUCAGUAUGAAACGCUGUCCACCUGGCAUUUGGCCUUCUCAUAAAAGAUACAUUGAGUACAUGUGUGACAUGAUGGCUGAAGAGCCCAUUAUUCCUCACAGCAAGCCCAUCCUGAUCAGAUCAAUUGUCAUGACUCCUGUUCCACUUUUCAGUAAGCAGCGUAAUGGCUGCAGGCCUUUUUGUGAGGUUUAUGUGGGAGAUGAGAGAGUAACCACUACCUCCCAGGAAUAUGACAAAAUGAAGGAGUUCAAAAUUGAAGAUGGGAAAGCAGUAAUCCCACUGGGUAUAACAGUCCAAGGGGAUGUUCUCAUUGUGAUCUAUCAUGCCAGGUCAACUCUAGGAGGACGACUACAAGCCAAGAUGGCUUCAAUGAAGAUGUUUCAGAUUCAGUUCCAUACAGGCUUCGUGCCCCGAAAUGCCACUACAGUGAAGUUUGCCAAAUAUGAUCUGGAUGCCUGUGACAUACAAGAGAAAUAUCCUGAUUUAUUUCAAGUUAAUCUAGAAGUAGAGGUGGAGCCCAGAGAUAGACCCAGCUGUGAACAGCCACCUUGGGAUAACAUGAAUAUAAAGGGACUGAAUCCCAAGAUCCUCUUCUCCACCCGAGAGGAACAACAAGAGAUUUUAUCAAAAUUUGGGAAACCAGAGUUGCCUAGACAGCCAGGUUCAACUGCACAAUAUGAAGCAGAGGCAUCCCAGUUGGAGCAGUCUUCAGAAAGUGCACCUACUGAUACAGAAUCCCCACACAGCAGUAGUACUGAUGCAAACAACUUCUUUCACACUCUGGACUGGAAAGAUGGAAAAACUCCAGAAAGUGGAAUAGAGGACAGUUCAUCUAAAAAUGAUUGUGUUCAGCUGUCUGAUGACAGGGAAGAGAGUGAUCCUUCAGAUGAGGAGUUCCCGACAUUUACAGAUGAAGGAAGUGCAGCAAUUGUUGAUGAAAAGGACUCUACUCCAGAAGGAGAGUUGCUUUUUGAAGCCAGUUUUGAAGCUCCAUCUGCACCAUUACAAAAAUCCCUCCCUGAAGAGAAUGUAGACUUGCUGGGACUAGACUCUGAUAUUUCAGCAGAACAGAAACAACCUAUCUCAGAAAUAAACUCUUCAUCAAGUAAUGCAGACUUGUUGAACAAUCUGUUUGUGGGUAGUGUGUCACAGGUUUCAAGUGAGCCCACUGGAGAUCUUCUUGGACAAGGAACAGAUUUCUUUUUCAGCAGUCAGUGUCCAGCUGCUACUCAGGUUUCAUCUUCAGCAGCAGCAGCGAUGUCUUCAGCCGAUCCAUUUGACCCAUUCACAAUGUCAUCAAGUUCAGAGAAUCAAGCCCUCUCUGGUCCAGACCUUUUUGGGGACUUCCUUCAUCCAACCUCAACAUCUACAGCUAAUACAGUUCCUUCCACACAAAGUUCACUUCCACCUUCUUCCAGCUCAGAUUUCUUAAAUUUAGGCAAUUUGACACCAGAGCCAUCUAAAAUAACAUCAUCUACAAGCCACCCAGAUCUCUUAAGUGGCUGGGAUUCUUGGGCAGAUUCCUCAACAACCAGCAAUGUAGCAUCACCACAGCUGAAGCCUGUUUGUGAAGGCCAAGCUUUUACCACCGGAAGCCAGUCCAGUGUGUCUUCAGGUUUGUCUUUCAGCCAGGCAAAAGCUCCAAACUUUGAUCCUUUUGCUGAUCUUGCCAACCUGGGAUCUGGUCUUCCAGGUUCAUCUACUGGUGGGCUCCUGGGCAGUGGAUUUAGUCAGAAGACUGCUCCAUCUCAGAAGCUGGGAAAUCAAUGGCAGAAAGCCCCCAAACCACAAACUACUACAUGGCAGUCCCAGACUAAGUCCAGCACAGCAGCUAAGCCCAACUACACAGUAAACUUGGGUGUUAUUGGAGGACGAGAAGAAAGAGGAGUCAGAGCCCCAAGCUUUGGUCAAAAGCCAAAAGUUUCAGAAAAUGACUUUGAGGAUCUCUUAUCUAAUCAAGGAUUUUCAGCAAAAUCUGAUAAAAAGGGACCAAAGACGAUUGCUGAGAUGAGAAAACAAGAGAUGUCUAGAGAUAUGGACCCCCUGAAACUCAAGAUUCUUGAAUGGAUUGAAGGAAAGGAGAGAAAUAUCAGAGCAUUGAUAUCCACUCUUCAUACAGUGCUUUGGGAAGGGGAAAAUAAGUGGAAACCGGUCAGCAUGGCAGAUUUAGUAACUCCUGAGCAAGUAAAGAAGUACUACAGGAAAGCAGUGCUUGUAGUUCAUCCUGAUAAGGCCACAGGACAACCCUACGAGCAAUAUGCCAAAAUGAUCUUCAUGGAGUUGAAUGAUGCAUGGUCAGAGUUUGAAAACCAGGGAUCAAAGGCCCUUUUCUGAAACUUCUCCUUUCACAGAACUGCUUCCAGAAACUGGAGCUGGGCAUCGUUAUGACUUUAUUGCGCCUGAGAUUUGCGAAGCGCUUUUCCGUGAUUCCAGCACAGUUUCUAGUCAUGCACUUAAACGUGGGGAUGUAUUUUGUAAGCUGUAGAGUAUAAAGCAUUACAUAGAUGCAUUAAGAAAAAAAGCUGCUGAGUACCUGUAGAAUUCACAGUCUGGGAAUAAAGGUUUCUCUUCAGUUUUGUAUAAGAAAAAUAGAAUUUAUUGAAGCUAAGUAACUAGUGAUAGUCUAGGAUUAGUUAUAAAUCAUUCCAACUUAAUUCAUCUUUGCUGUACCUCUACCGUCCCAAAUUUGUCUGUUACUUUGAGUAGUUUUGUGAUUCAGUUUUGAUAUUUGGUGCCUGUCGCCUUCUUCAAAGUGCUUUAGUUAGCAGCAAUGAAUUUGCUUGGCUUAUCUCAAACCUAAGGGUGUAUAUUUUCAUCUGUAUUUUAUAUAAUUAAUCUGAUAAUCAUUCUGUAAAUAAUGUUUUCUGGUAAUAUCUGUGUUCCUUACAAUAGAGUAGCAGUUUAUCCAAAAAGACACCACAUGUGGGAAAGUCAGACAGGGUUGUUCUUGAUUUUAUUUUUUUUUUGCAUAUCAUGAAUAUGAAAAGAAAUUUUUACUGAGAUCGGCAUGUUCCUGCUGGUUUUUUUUUUUUAAUUUAUUGAAUUACUCUGACCUAUGCUUAUUUUCCUACUCCUUUAAAUGGUGUCUCUUGCUUCUGAAUUCAGUGGAACUUUCCUUUCAUUGCACUUCAAAUACUCUGAUAGAAACAAUGUUACUUUGAAACUUGAAGUGUAAGCACAAACUUUUUACUGUGCUUUGACUUGUCUGAGUAUUAAAUCACUCAUUAUCAUCUGGUGAGCAUUUGCUUUAACAAACAUUUUGCUGCAUGUUUGAACUUCUGUAUUUUUGAGAUAUGGAUGGCGUCAGUGCAUGGGAAAACAUGGUAUGUCUUGGUAACAAAACUUGCCAUGUUUUCUCAUCCCUGUUCAGAAGGCACUUUUUCACUAGUGCUGAGGUGGAUGAUGCAAAUGACCAAUGACUGUUAUACUCUGUGUAGUAGCAAAAUGCAAUUUUCAUAUCAAGUUUGAAAACAUUGAAAAUCAGUGCUGGGGUAUUAAAUCUUCAGCAGUGGACUCUUGAUACCAGACAGUUGGGCGUUCAAGGGGAUAUUUUGAUCACUUGCCUUUUUAUACAUUUUGCAUGCUUAUCUGAGAGGGAAGCUGUAUUAUUAGCAGAGGUAACUGUUCAGCUGAGCAACAUCUGAACAGGAAACAUGAGAUUUUAAUGCCACCUGAAAGGUGUGUUGAAUGAAACUUUCCACUGCUGCACCAGCCCGAGAGCUGGUGGAUUAGAGACUGCUGAAUACUUGCAAUGUCUAGUCUCUAGCUCUGAUAUAACACAGUUACUUAUCAACCUCUGAUCAAAGGUUUUGUUUGUGUAUAUUUGCAUAUAUAUUCAGCUGCUGUGAUCUUUUUUUUUUAACGUGAAGCUAGGAUCAGUUACGGAUCUGGAAGUUUGUAUAUCAUUCAUAGCUGCUGUUGUAUUUCAGUAACUGCUUUGAAGCAGUCUUAAAUCUCAGUAGAUUUCUUCAUAAAUGUACGUGACUUGCUGUCUGAUUUAAAGUAAGAGUUAAUCUUUUUCCUUUGGGCAGUUCAUGAAUUCUCUGUGUAUGUGUUCUGCAACCAUGGAAAUUAAAGGCUUCUGCUGGUAGGAUAGGUUUGUGGGAGACCUCUUUACAGUUGUAGGGCAAAUGCUAUCUAGUAAUAGGUUUAAAAAGAUGAACACAGAUUUAUAAUGACUUUGACCAUAGUGCUAUAUACAAGUGAGAGAUAAAGCAUUUCUGAGGGGGCUGCUUAGAAUAAGGAAGGACUGCUUUAAAAACCCAUGUUCAUUCAGCAUGAACAGGCAAUUUAAUUUUGAGGCAUACAUUUUUAAUUGCUCUUUUCUUGAAAUAUAUGUUUAAAAAAUUAAAGCAUGAAAAUUUGGAGGAAAGUAUCUUCCUCUGCUUUGUAUAUUUGGUAGCAUUUUCUGGACGAUGUCUACAUUAAUAUUUUUUUAAUUUCUCUACUCUUGCUUGCAAAAAUUUUCUUGAAACAUCCGAGAAGAACCUUAGAUGUGAUUUUAAGUUAGCAGAGAACAUGAGUGCAAGUAUUGGAACUGAAGAUCUCUUGAAAUUAGCUCUCUCUUUUAAAUAUUAUGGAAAAUCAAGAAAUUUGGCUAUGGAUUCUUCCAAGAGCUGUUAGAGAAUUACUGAAACUUCAGUCAGGGUGACAGAGCUCAGCUAUAAGCACUCAGUUUAUUUUAUAACUUAGUCAGCUCUGGUUCUCAGUGGGAGAACUGGCUGAUUCCUCUGUCCUGCUCCUUUCUACAUAAUCGAAUUUUGCUGCUAAGAAUCUGGGAGAGGCUUGGUUUGAUAAACUGAUGAAUCUUGACAAUGAAACUAUUUUGGGUAGGGUGUUUUGAUUUUGGUUGUAUUUUUUGUAACUGUGCCCUUUCUCUGUGUUACAUAUAAGAAUGUGCAAACAAUGGGGAUUUCAUUAAGGUUCUGUAAGCAAACUGUAAUUUGGAAAUUAAAAGAAGUUCAAGUGGUGAAUAUGAACAUAAUAAAUGGAAGUUUUGUUUUCUGUGCAACACAAAGCAGCAUGAGGACUUGAGGACUACUAAUGGUGUUUCUAUGGUGUUACUAAUGGUGUAAUGCUUACACAUUAGGUGCAAGAACCUGGGAAGAAGGAAGUUAAAGUAUAUUUCAUCAAAAUGUGUGUUGAGUCUUAAUGUUGCUUGUAUAGGAAAGAGUAAUUUGGAAGAAAAACAUCCAGUUGUUUGAAUUCAUCCUAAAACAGUAAUAAAAAAUGGUAGAAAAUCUGGGAAUGAGGGCUUUUCAACCUUUUGCUUUGUACUUGCUCAUUGUCUGUCUGCUGUGUGGACUAGGAGUGCACUCAAAUUAUAACACACACAUUUCACUGUGUGUCCACAAACUGAAAAACUUUCAGAACAGGCUUCAGAAGGAAAAAAAAUUAAAUAUAUAUAUAUAUUAAUCAGAGACAUGGCUGGAUUCUCUCUUUGCUACAGAUGUUUAUUUUCUAUUCAUGUUAAUUGUUCAUUGCACACUUAAGUUUUGAAGUGUUGAAGCCACGUCCUGAAAGCUGAACUUCCUAUCUGCUUCUGCUAGCUAUGAAGCUUGAAGUUGAGGUCACUGGGUGUUGCCUGCAUGUCGAUACUCUGACUACCGAGCUUUGCAUGUGGCACUUGAGGUUCUCUUACGAAGCACCUCCUUGACUCUUACAGCAAGUUAUGGUGCCUGCUGGCCCUUGUUGGUUGUUCCUCUGGUAGCAACACCUGACUGAUGUCAUACGUUGUUUGCAGCAUACCAGGGCUCACUUUCCAAAGGUAAGUAGGCUGAGAUGGUUGUUGCAAGAGGAAAACAGCACAAGAUCAAUUAAAGGAAGAGUAGAGAAGAACACUAGGGCUCUAAAGUACAUCUGGUGUAGUGUUUUCUAAUUCUCUCUCCACUGACCUAUUGCUACCUACCUCUGCUAAACACAGGUGUAGGCUAGUAGAGAGAACCUGCUUUGCAGCCUGCUUUGCAGCCCUUUUGGAAUGCUGCUGACUGACUGUAAAAGGUGGGAUUACCAAGUCCCUGGCUUUUUUUUUUUUCCUCCCCAGAAGUUUCUAUAAAGCAGGUUCAAAAAAUAUUUGGGCAGAUUUUCAGUAGUUAUUUUUAAUUACAUUGCUUGUGUUAACAUUGGUGUUAGAUUUGGGGAGUCCAGCAACAUAACUUUUGAGACAGAGACAUGGGAAGAAUUGGUGUUGAGAGACAGUGUGGCUAGAGUCUGCCUAGUAGAAACUAGUGAUGUAUUUCAACCAGAGGAAAUCAGUUGAUGUCUUCAACCUCGGGCAUCCCUGUUUGGUGUUUCCUAUUGCAGGCAGAGUUCCUUAGGAGCAGCAAAGAGUGUUAGAAGUUAGUUAAAGCUUGGAAGGAAAAGGUCCUCAGCAUUGUUAGCUGGGUCAAGUUCAGCUAUUUUGCUGAUCAGUGGUAGCUUCUUCAGCAAGUACAGAAGAGAAAACUUCCAAAAGUGCUGAUGAAGUACAUUUCCGUGGAACAUUGGCAGAGUCCUUGGUGUUGUAUUUGUUAGGGUAAAUAGUGCUCAUGAAAAAUGCCUUGUUUACCUCCACGUUCUUGGUAAUUCUGGACAGCUCCUUCCAUUUUGUCUUGCCAAGCACAGAGCAACAGUUCAUUUGUGUAAGCUAUAUGCACAAGAUUAAUAUUUUGCACAAACCAAAGCGGAGUUUGAGCAUAACAUAAAUCUCAUCAGGCCUUUGGGGGCUGCUGGGUUCUGUGCACCAUUCCACUUCCUGAGGCCAGACUGCAGUUUCCCCAGCAGUGGCAGUAUGUUUGCAUACUUGCUGGCCACUGCACUCUCUGCUGCUCACAGAAGUGUUUUCAGGGAUAGCAUAAAUGUGGAAACCUUGUUGCUCCUUAGCUGUGUUCAUAAUUGUCCGACAAUUGCGACAUAAUGGCUGCUUUGUAAAUAAAGCCAAAUUAAUCUUGUAUGACUCAGCUGACGUUUUCAGUCAAGAACUUGCAGGUGAUUGACCUACAAGAGCUGUAAGAGGAAUGUAUCAUUUCCCACCCUUUGAGCCAGUCCUUGGUGCAGAGCAGCUCUUGCACCCAGAAGCCCAAUGAGGAGGAGCUGAGCUCUGGUUUGAAAUUGAUGAAUCUUGCAAUGCUUGCUUACUCUCUCUUUGGGUGAGCUUAUUGUGGACUGCAGUUUAGACUGCAUUAAGCUUCCAACAUAUGCUCCAAAAAUAUAAAUUCAGUACUUUUUAUGAAGGAUAUGUGUUGUCAUAGAAGCUUUUAUUACCAAAAGGGGAUUAAGAGGCAUUGUGGGAACUCCCAAAACUCUUUAGUGGAAUGUACUGUAUAUUUGCAAUGUAGAUUUCUAGAAGUGAUUGUCAUCUCUUAUAAGGUCUUGGCUUGUUCUGAGGUCCUUAUUGUAUUUACCUAUAGUUGUGAUUGGACUUUCAAUACCUGUUUUUUUUUCUGAUUUGGAGUGUGUGGAAGGACAGAACAGACACUCAAUUCCUGGUUUUGCCACCUUUCAGGAAAUGCAAUGUACUGUGUAAUUUUGCUACUAGUGAAAUGAAACUUAUAUCUGUAUGUAUAUAAGGUAAAAUAGUCAAAUUAAGCCUUGUUUAAAAGUAGAUUUAAUGUUUGGUACAAUGUCCUUGAACAGAAUAUUUUGCUUUGAAAUGUAUUACAAUUUAACCAGUGAUCAAUUAAAACAAAUGGAAUAAC